CCCUCUUCCGCGGCUGCCUGGGGAAUGGAAACACCUGCCCCGCGGGCCGGGAGCCUGAGCGCCUCCAGUGCGCAGAGCCAUGCGGGGUCCAGCCGCAGGGAGCCUCACCGCAAGUCGUCGCGAGAAGAGCUCGCAGAGAUGGCCGCGGCUACUCAGGUGAAUAGCGAGGCUCUGGACCUGACCGAGGUCGCUAAGAAGCGGGCGUGGUGGCGCAGAUUGUUUCUGCAAGAUUCGGGGUUCGCUGCCCAGAAGUACAACGUCGCCACCCAGCUGUUAAUCGGUGGCGUCACUGGUUGGUGCACAGGUUUCAUAUUCCAGAAGGUUGGAAAAUUGGCCGCCACAGCUGUGGGAGGGGGAUUUUUCCUCCUCCAGCUUGCAAACCAUACGGGCUACAUCAGAGUUGACUGGCAGCGAGUGGAGAAGGACAUGCAGAAAGCCAAGCAGCAGCUGAAGAUCCACAAGAGCAACCAGUUACCUACAGAGAUCAAAAGCAAAGCAGAGGAGGUGGUGAUAUUUGUGAAGAAGAAUUUCCUGGUGACUGUGGGGUUUUUUGGAGGCUUUCUGCUUGGCAUGACAUCCUAAGGGGGAUGACUUUGCUUCCAUCAUGGCAGCCUCCCGCUCCAUCACAGGACACUGUUUCUCCUCCUCCUCUUUUCCAAGCCAUCCUCCCAGCAGUGUCUAAUCUGAAUGGCUUCUACAGGCAUCCUAGGUACAGGUUAACUGUGAGCUUGACAGCCGCAGAAGAGACAGUAGACUUUAGCUGUGCUCCCAGCAUCCUCCCUGCUUGACUAAUCUGUAGGUCAGCGAGAAGGUUCCUUUCCCCUCAAGUAAGAUCCUGACCAGGACAUGUUAUAAGAUGGCCCCUGUGGGGGAUAAGUGGGUCCUCAAAGUUGUCCCAACUUUGAGAGAAUGUGAUGUCCCAACCCCCUUUAUUUGGAAAAGAAGUAACAGCACAUAAGAGACCUCCUGUGUGAGUGGAAAGGAACUGAAUACAUUGCUUUGAAGCAUGAAUGAUGUUGGUAUUUUGGUGUCUACU